GGAUGGCUGUUGGUGAGCGGUGGGUUGGGCCCGGUUGACAGCGAGCGGAGCGUAGUGAGUUUUUAAUGUCCGCCAUGUUUGCCAUGGCGUACUGAGCCACGGAUAGACAGCGAAGCAACUGGGAAAAUAGACCGAUAGAGAGCGACCGAGAUCCGGGCCUUCCCGGCUCUGUUCGCCUCGCCGUAUUUUAUCUAUAGCCACUGGUACCACAGACUACAGGAUACCGACACAGAAUUAUCCAUGAGAACUCAAAUCAGAACAGUGUUAACGUUAUAUUUUAGGAGAUCGGAUAUAUUUAUGCUGUAUCUCGAAAUAUAAAAAUGAGCAAAUUGUCGUUUCGGGCACGGGCGCUGGAUGCUUCCAAGCCACUACCCGUCUUCCGUUGCGAGGACCUACCCGACCUGCACGAAUAUGCUUCUAUUAACCGGGCAGUGCCACAGAUGCCGACGGGGAUGGAAAAAGAGGAGGAAUCGGAGCACCAUCUCCAGAGGGCCAUCUCUGCACAGCAGGUGUUCGGGGAGAAGAAGGACACCAUGGUCAUCCCGGUGCCCGAGGCGGAGAGCGACAUCGGCUACUACGACUCGCUGUACGCCGGAGAGUUCCGCAUGCCCAAACAGCUCAUCCACAUCCAGCCGUUUAGCUUGGAGCCGGAGCACCCAGACUAUGAUCUGGAUGUGGAGGACGAGGCGUGUGUGCAGCAGCUGCAGAAGAGAAUGCAGAUCGGAGCGCUGCAGUUUGAGGACAUGAUGGAGAAACUGGAGAAGGGCAGUGGACAGCAGCUGGUGACUCUACAGGAAGCCAGGCUCCUGCUGAAGGAGGAUGAUGAACUCAUCCAGGAAGUCUUUGAGUACUGGAGCAGGAAGAGGCGGGGCUGCAAGAAGCCCUCCCUCAUCCCAUUGGUCAAGCAGGAGAAGAGGGACGGGUCCAGCACCAGCGACCCCUACGUGGCCUUCAGACGCCGCACUGAGAAGAUGCAGACACGCAAGAACCGUAAGAAUGACGAGGUGUCGUACGAGAAGAUGCUGAAGCUGCGGAGAGAGCUGAGCAGAGCCGUGUCCAUCCUGGAGAUGAUCAAGAGGCGCGAGGGCAACAAGAGGGACCUCCUGCAGCUCACGCUUGAGAUCGUAGAGAAGAGGAGUGGGAUGCCUGAUUUCGGUGGAGACAUCAUGGCUGAAGCGGAAGCCCAGAGAGCCCAGAUGAAGCCGGUCUACACACUCCCCCUGCUCCCCCUCACCAACACCACACACACACGAGACUACAGGACCAAGGAGAAGGUGGAGGUUGUCCGUCAGAAGCGGAAGUACGAGAAGAAGAAGCAGAAGGUUCUACCAGGUCCCGCCCACCAGCACUCAGGCCCCGCCCUCUUCAACGCAAAGGACUUGAACCAGUACGACUUCCCCAGCUCAGACGACGAGCCCUACUCUCAGAUAUUCUCAGGCUCGUCAGAGGCAGAAGAGGAGAAUGAUCCUGAUGGUGUGUUUGCAUUCCGACGGCGAGCGGGCUGCCAGUAUCACAAUGCUCUCCCGCGAUUGGCCGGGUGGCCGUGGGCAGGUGCUAGUGAAGGGGGGCGGGGCCAGCCGCGCUACCGUUACUCCCUCACCACACUCACAUCACCACGGCGAUGCUUGGGGUUGGCACGGCGACGCGUGGGUCGAGGCGGCCGGGUUCUGCUGGAUCGAGCAUGCUCAGAGUGGGACGCUGUGCUGCAGGGGCUGGAACCGCACACACACACGGCCACACACACACCGACACAUACCACCCCACACACACACAUGCAGACAGACACACACACACAGGGGAUCUUACAAGCAGACCCUCGCUCUCAGGCCCCAGCAGGCGCACCCACAGAGACUCUAUGCGCACACACACACUCGCACGCCCACACACACACGCGAUCUCCCACCGCCUCUCUUCGACAGCUGCUGCAGGAUAUCCAGUCCUGUCGCCAGAGGCACUUCAGACCACGCCCCCCACCCACAGCUCCACGGCAACCGCCCUUCACCCUCGGUCGAUUGGCCAAUGGCCUGGGGGCUCAAGCAGGGGGAGGCUCCCGAUCCAGCGCGCCCCGUCCUGCACCAGUGAUCACGGAGGAGCAGUUCCAGCAGCAUCAGGAGCAGUUGGCGCUGCUGCAGCGGUCUCUACUGGCACAGCAGGCGUUGAUGCCCCCUGCCCCCCCCGGCGCCCCCUCCCCCCGCACGCUGGACUCCGCCAGCGCCCAGUUCGCCGCCUCCGCACUGCUCUCCACCGAACAGCUGGGGGCGCUCAAGAGCAGAGAGGACGCAGCCGGAGCCGCCCCGAACGGCCUCGUAGCCCCCUCAGGUGUGCAUAAGGGCUUGCAUCACCCCACCACCACCACCCCUUCGGCACUGGCUCCCACCCCGCCAACGCACACUAACAACGGCACGCCACAUCUCCAUGGCAACGCUGGAAGCCCCUCCCCGGCCCAGGCGCUUGUGGGCGUGGCACUCACCGGUCACCUGACACGCCCCCUCGCCGUGCC